UCCUCUUUUUUGUUCUUUAAUUAAAUAGGUUUGAUGCUGGCGUCCAUCGUAUCAGCAACGGAACACAUCGCCAAAUUUAGUAUGCGAGGUGUAAGCGGGAGAGUAGUAUUCACCGAAGAUGCAAACACAAUGGGAGUCCGAAUCGAAGUCGAUCCCCUCGUCGGUCUCAUGAACGGACAGGACUACCAUUGGAACAUCCGGGCUCUUCCAAUGCUCUACGAUCGCGAGGACAAGUGCGCCGAAGAGCACAUCGGACCCGUUUUAAAAAACCUCACAACUUCCGUCGGGAGUCUGACCAACGUGACCACUGGGUCAUCGUACGUAGACCCCAUGCUAAGGUUAGGAGGAAGCAGUAGCAUCAGUGGUCGUACCCUCGCCAUCGAAGACGCAAAUUCCGUCGUUUAUUGUGCCUCAAUCAUUCCCUCAGAUGACGUCAUAACAGCAGUCGCGCAGUUCGGGACGCCAAUUGCAGGAACAGUAACGUUUCGUCAACGCGCCGUUACCGAUGCUGUCACCACCAUCUUUGUUGAUCUUUACGACGUAACAGAACCAAUCGCUGCGCAGGACUACAACUGGCACAUCAGCGACAACACUGGAAUCACAAAUGAAAUGACCGUUGAAGAAUGGUGUACAGCUACCUCGACAGAAACCUUUGCAGAUGUGGGUGACCUGACUGCAAGGUUCGGAAGCGUCAACGUCAAAACCGUCCAUCUCCGUCAAAGGUACUUUUUCAUUGAUACCAACAUCACCUUGAAUGGGGCCGAUUCCAUCCUUAACAAAUCCCUGGUGUUCACCCUUCCCGGGGAUGGAGACAACAAGGCAGCAUGCUCACCUAUUCGCGUUGUGAGGUCAAAGACUGUACGAGCAGAGUUCAGCCAGAAUAACGUGACCGGUGUCAUUACCUUCACCCAAGCAUCUCUCUGGGAAUCCACCACUAUCACGGUCGACCUGAACAACCUGAGACAGAUGGCUGGCGGAUACCAUGUCCACAAGUUCCCAGUUCCUAUGAGAUUUCUCACUUCAGAUUUCCCUGGAAGUGCUGAUAAUGUGGCUGGCCAUUUCAACCCAUACAACAUCGACACAACAACAGACCCUGACUAUCCAAAUGGAACCAAUGAUCAGUACGAAAUAGGUGACAUCAGUGGCAAAUUUGGUAGCUUGGCUGGUCAGAAUGACUUCAGUGGUACAUUUGAAGACUGGAACAUGCCGCUAUUUGGAAAGAAUAGUAUCGUAGGACGAUCCGUCAUCAUUCACCUCGCCAACUCGGCACGAUGGGCUUACGGAAUCAUCGAGUAUCCAACUCCAGUAAGGACAGUGACUUCGGUGUUUACGUACCCUCUGGUAGGACAGAUCACCUUCAGACAAGAUGCUGAAGACCCUUACUCGGACACUUCUGUCUUUGUUGACCUAGCUCACAGUGACGGUGAAGAUACGACGGUUGAGCACGACUGGCACAUCCACGUUGCUAAGCUUGGUGAUGAUCACUUAGACCAGACAGGACGUUGUUCAAGUACCCUUGGUCAUUUCAAUCCUUUUGAUGUCAAACUCACUGAAGAGUACGCUACAGAAUGUGGUAUUGACGUCACGAGACGAUGUGAGGUUGGUGAUUUCUCCAAGAAGUACGGAAGGAUUACCGUACCUGGAUCAAUGCGCACCCAGGUUGGGAAAUACUUCUUCACCGAUGUGCAGCUCCCACUAUCUGGUGUCUAUUCUGUGGCUGAUAGAUCGGUUGUUGUCCACGUUAAGGACGGUGCUCCAGAAAGACUAGGAUGCGGUGAUACUCUUGAGGUCUUCCAGGCAACUGCAACAGCCAGCUCGUGGAUCGGUGUUGCCGACUCGGGUACAGGUACCGUCAGGACUCCAGUUAUGGGUUUCGUCACAUUAACCCAGAACUCCGAAUUCGAUUCUGUGACCAUUGCUACGGAUCUAGAUGGUCUCAGCAACGUUGUAGGACCAUGGCACAUUCACAUUCUCCCAGUGCCUUACUCCGAUAUAAACCCUUGCAGCGCUACAAGCACCCAGGGACAUUACAACCCAUUUGGAGUUAUUGGUUCGCCACCAGUAGGAACCUUCGAUUACUACGAAAAUGGUGACCUGAGUGGCAAAUUUGGCUACUGGGAUGGCUUGUCGGAUAUCAGCACGACCUAUUUAGAUUCCACUCUCUCUCUUUUCGGACCUAGGAGUGUUUCUGGAAGAUCCGUGAUUGUCCAUCGAUCGGAUGAUGGUUCACGAUACAGGUGUUCUUCUCUGCUACCUGUUUUAGGAGACGGAGAUUUCAGGAUCGAGGCUGAAGUUCAGAUCAAUACCCCAGAUGUCACAGGAUCAUUCAUUCUUGGCCAGACACAUUUCAGUAAUGAUCGUCUCAGCGAAACUACCAUUCAAGCUCAAUUUUCACCUGUCGACGUUUUGAUUAAUGAUGUUUACGAUUGGACUAUCAGAACUGAUUCUAUCCCUGCGUCUUCUUGCCCCAACGCUAACAGUAUCUUCAACCCGAACACAGUGGCAACGGCUGGGGAUUAUUCGAGUCAGUGUAGCAUUGCGUCACAGCUUCGAUGUCAGGUCGGCGAUUUGACUGGAAAGAAUGGAAACUACAGCUCUUACCACGGGAGGGCGCUGUUGACAGAUACAAAUCUGCCACUUACAGGAACGUCUGGUGUAAUUGGCUUGCCGCUUUAUUUGGAGUCAAGUGAUGGUAACAUCGUAUGUGGUACAAUCCAGCCCCUCCCAUCAACAGGAUUAGAAACAUCACUCACCUUCCCGCAGAUGAUUGACUUUGAUGUAUACUCCUUCAAACUUGCGAUGGCCAACAUUCUAACCGACGUUGAAUCAUGGCAGAUCGUCGCCCCACACUAUCCAGUGAAUAGCGAAGACCGUGAACGGUGUAUGGAUCUACAACUUUGGAUUAUUGGUAAAAAUGCUGUAGCAGCCAAUACUGAACUUCAACGUAAAGCUGCUGAUGAUGAGCUUGGAAUCUACUCAACAACUGAUAGAUGUAGAGGUGAUGGUACUGGUGCUGCUGGUCAAAUAUUGCCCAUCCCAGCUCUUAUUAUGGUGUUUGUCGCUGUCGUCACCUCUCUAUGGCAACAUGUUCUGACGUCAUAACUCUACAAACUCAUUAGAAUUCGAGAUAAUUUCCACCUAAAGUUUUUCCUUUGAUUUUUUUCAUCAAAUGAUGAAGAGGAAUGACGUAAUCAAAGAUAAUUCAUAGCUGUUUUCUAUAUAAUGCAAUUGUGUUAAGUAAUCAUGCCAAAAUAAGAGGAUACAUUUCAAUUCUUCACAGUAUGCGAUGAAUUUUUUCCUCUGUAAUUUGUGGUGAAAAGUGACGGUUUCUUUCAUCAAUUUCUAUUUAUAAUGUAAUGUAACGCACCAAUUAACAGUUGAUGUAAUUGCCCACUCACUGGGAUAAAAGUUCUUUAUUUUCCCCUCUAAUCAUUGCAACAAUGUAUAGAUUUAGUUUCAAUUUUUGUGUUACUAUAUUUUUUAUAUGAAAUAUCAAAGAAUGUAUUAAUUUGUUAUUGAUAUAUAUUUAACAAUGCACCACAUGUGGUAUAUAAAAUGAACCAAUAAAUGAGAUGGUAUACCCGGGCCCUGUUGCAUUAAGCUUCGCCAUCAAUUACCAAGUUGAAAAAAAUAAUAUGAUUGGUUACUGGUCAGUCUCAGCAUGCCGCACUGAUCUUGAUUGGUCAUUACCAUUUUUGCGAUCGAUCAACGCUUGGUGUUACGGAGCUUGGGGCCCAAUAACACAGUACUUAGCGAUUGAUCUUACAUUUGAUUUAUAUGUUUGAUUCCAAAUACUGAUCAACGAAUUCAAUCAUGAAACGUCAUCAAUCGCUAAGCUUCGUCGUUACGGAACCGGGUGAUUUUCGCAUGAUUUACAGUACGUAUCAGUAAAAUAAUGUGAGAUUACCGAGUGUUAUUUGAUUAUUUUGUUCAAUGAAGUGGGUUCCUAUAAUUUUAUAGGAUACGGAGAACAAUGCUCAGAUUUUAUUUGCUGCUUGACAGCGUGAUCUUGUGCCCAGGCGUUUUAGGUCAUCAGAAUAUUUGGUGUCCAUGUUAUGUGGUUAUUUCUGUGUGAAUUUUCCAAUUUAAUGAAUUUGGCAUUAUAUGAGCUGCAGGGGCAGAUGAAAGAAAAUCAAACAAGUGGGGCAAAAUCUCAGAAUUCCUGGCAAAAAAAAACAAAAAAAAAAAAGAAAGAGGAGGGUUAUAAAAAGAUGGGUUUUUGAAAAUGGGAAAGCAGGGUUAAUUAAAAAAAUAGCAGAGGGAAGAAGCCAGUUCCCUCCUCUUUAUUCAAAACUGAUUUUAUAAUUUCGUGGUAUAUUGAUGAAAUUGUUCUAAAAUACGACACUCCCUGCAAGAACUGGGGAAAGGAGAGAUGAGGGAUGUGUGGGACUUUGCUGGAAGAGAAUGGCAAAGCCUAUAAAUCUUUUCAAAAUAAGUAUUCAUUUGUUUUGUACUAUAUUCACAUUUCUACAGAGAUUCUAUAUGUUGCUGUUUAUUUUGAAGAUACUAUAAUUAUUCACGAGCAAUUUGUAUGCAUGUUUAUGGUUGUGUGUUUGUGUGUGCCAUAUCAUAAUGAGUGCGUGACGUAUGUGUGUCGUUGAGGUUGUAUGUGUUUGUGAUACUAAUGGUAAUUUAAAUGAUAUAAAUUACAAAGUAUAAUUUUUUUGUCAUUGAAUAUGUCGUAAUGAAGAGAAUAAAAUUUCUUCGUGUUGAAUGUUUCCUUCUCAUAAAUAAAGAAAAUAUCGAAAACUAAUGAUAUACAAGUACAAUAUAUGAUUUUGAGAUGCGCAAUAUAGAUAUAAAAACAAAUACUAAAGGAAGAAAUUGUCUUAUAAUUGAUAUCAAAUUAUGUUGUCUAUUGAAACUAUCGAUUGUAUUUCUUUUCUGAAAAAGAAACACUCUUAAGUCAGAAUUCAGUUAUUAUUAUUUCAUGUUACUCAGUUUGUUUAGUCAAUAUGAAUCAAGUUACUAGUAACCAUUAGUGAUGUAACCAUUUUUCACCAAUAAGUACAUCUACAUGUAUGUGUUUAUGUUUACACGGUGCGUAAUAUGUUUAACCCUUUCACACAUAACGAAAAAAAUGUAUGUUAUAGUAAUUAAUAUUAACUAGGUGUGUUUUCUUGUUAUACAAGGUCUCGCAAAAUCGUCCCUGCGUAGUGCUUUACAUAAAAAAUGAUUUCAUCAAAUAGUUGUUAAAAAUAUCAAAGCAUUUGUCAAUUAUUAUGGCACUUUUUUAUAGAAAAAAACAAAUUGAGUUUCACCAUCAUGUUUUUGACAUUUAAAAAGAAUAAAAGUGAAUUGGAAUAUAGGAACUCGAGCACGAAAGGUCAUGGAUAGAACUGUAGAAAAUUUAAUAUUACACGUUUUGUAUCUCACGCCAUUCGGAAUGAUAUGUUCACUUUGAUGGGAAAUGGGUAGCACAUUAAACACUUUUUGAUAAUUAUCUUGAUUAAA